GAUGGAAAGCGAUAUCUUUGAUUCACCAGACUUUUUAAGUGAAGAACCUGAAGUAGCAGAUUUUCAAUGUGUUGAGGAUGACCAAGAAAAUGAAAACGCGGGUCCAUCUUCUGUUUCAAUCGAUAAUAGAAAUGAUUUAUCGCGUUAUAGUAGGAUAGGUGAGCUUGCUUCAAAUAAAGCAGGACUCCAGGGGAUAGAUAAAGAAAAAGUCAAACAAGUUAUCUAUGAAGCUUCAAAGAGCUCUGCAUUUUACCUUAACGAAGCCAGAAAAGAUGAAGCUUUAGGUCUCAGAAUUGAACAAAUGAUGAAAAAAUACGAAUCUCUUAAAAAGCAAAACUUGUCUACCCUUAAUAGUAAAGUUGAUAGUUUGGUACAAGCUAUAGAACGUGGGAGAGACUUAACUCAUAUAAUUGUACAUGUUGAUAUGGAUGCAUUUUAUGCGUCUAUUGAAGAAAGGGAUAAUCCUUCUUUACGAAAUAAACCAAUGGCCGUGGGUGAUAAUUCUAUGCUGAGCACUUCGAAUUAUGAAGCCCGAAAUAUAUUUUCUCGUUAUGAUCCAGAUUAUACACCUAUGAGUCUGGACGAAGCAUAUUUAGAUAUAACCAAGUACCUUGAGACAACUGAUAAAUCUCCAGAUGAUGUGGUUGAACAAAUUCGGAGGGAGAUAAAUGAAGAGACAAAAUUAACGGCUAGUGCCGGUAUUGCUGCAAACAAGUUAUUGUCUAAAAUAUGUUCUGACUUAAAUAAGCCAAAUGGGCAGUAUAGACUUCAAAACAAUGUUGAUGAUAUCAUGAACUUUAUCCGGCCUCUUUCUGUCCGCAAGAUCCCUGGCAUCGGUCGAGUCACCGAAAAAAUUCUAAGUGAAAUGGAUAUUAAGACUUGUGGUGAAAUAUUUGAUAAUCGAGCUCAACAACAAAAGAGUGUCAAAAGGCAACAUGUUACUCCCGAAUUAUCAGAAAUGCUAUCAACCGAUUUGUCAACAAAUUGUGAAUCCACCACAGAACUAACUCAAGAACAUCUGGACGUGUGUCUAAAAACGAUGGAGAUGAAUGAAAACAAUGAUCAAGACAUGGAUUGGUUAAACCUGUCCGUACAUGAUGCUCUAGCUAUGAAUGAACACAACGAUAAUGAGAGUGCAGAAGACAAUAUAGAUGUUCAGUCAAUAAAUGCUGAUUGGGAAUAA